AACCCAAAAAAAGCCAUUGUCUAGCCAAAAAAAAAAGGGGGGGUGUCUGGCGAUGGAUCAAAUACAGCACAAGUAUGUGGAAGUUGAAGGACUAAAGCUUCACGUAGCUGAGAUCGGAACGGGUCCAAACGUCGUCGUAUUCCUGCACGGGUUCCCGGAGAUAUGGUACUCGUGGCGGCACCAGAUGAUUGCUCUGGCCAAGGCCGGGUUCCGUGCGAUUGCGUCCGAUUACAGAGGGUACGGACUGUCCGACCCGCCUCCCCAACCCGAGAAGGCUUCCCUGUCUGAUUUCGUGAACGAUAUUAUUGGAAUAUUAAACGCACUCGCUAUUCCUAAGGUGUUCCUGAUCGGAAAAGACUUUGGAGCGAUACCAGCUUACGUACUGGGGCUUCUACACCCAGAGAGAGUUAUAGGAAUUAUCACCAUGGGAGUGCCUCACACUCCUUUAGUUCCCUCUGCAUACCACAAGUCCCUGCCUGAAGGUUUCUACAUUUCAAGAUGGCGGGAACCUGGACGGGCUGAAGCUGAUUUUGGCCGUUUCAACGCCAAAACAGUUGUGCGGAACGUUUACAUCCUCUUCUCAAAGAGUGAAGUGCCAAUAGCAGCAGAGAACCAAGAGAUCAUGGACUUGGUUGACCCCUCUACUCCUCUCCCACCUUGGUUCACCGAGGAAGAUCUCACAAACUAUGGAGCUUUGUAUGAGAAAUCGGGGUUUAGAACCGCGUUGCAAAUUCCUUAUAGAUCUUGUGGUGAAGACUUGAACAUAACAGAUCCUGUAGUCAAUCACCCUGCACUUUUCAUAAUGGGAGGCAAAGAUUAUGUGUACAAGUUUCCGGGGAUGGAGGAUUACAUAAACAGUGGAAAGGUGAAAGAGCUUGUCCCCAAAUUGGAUAUUGUGAUUUUGCCAGAAGGAACACAUUUUGUGCAGGAGCAAUCACCUGAGGAGAUCAACCAGCUGAUCCUCAACUUCCUUGCUAAGCACGUCUGAUUGCCUAACCUUAAAUAACGUUUUUAGCUGUCCUGGGAAUAUAUACGUAUAAUGUAUUCCAUAGCCAAAGUCAAGGAUAAAAAUUGUCUGCUUAUGUUGUGUGGCAUGUGAUUUAUGCCUUCAAAUAUUAAACCAAAGGGGACCCUUUGUGUAUCAAUAAGAAUGCAUAAAUAUCAAAAUUGUCGAGAAAUGCUAAUGUCACUUUUUCUGUCA